UGGUAUGAGGUUUUGCCAUGGUGAUAACCUGUUUUCCCUACAGUGAAAUGGACUGGACUAAUGCUAUAUAUACAGCGGUCGACCACAGAUAAGUCAGUCUGAUCUCCGCAAGCGCACAAAAGAGAAGCUGAAUAAGCCUUAUAUUGUAUGUUAGCUGCGUUAGGACUGAAUAAGCCUUAUAGUACAACAGACAUUCCUGUAAAUCAUAUGCACUGCAGAAUUCCAGGUGUAACUGGGAACGUGUCCACAGAUGUAUAAUGACCGCUCGGCUGGACACACGUUACACAUGCAUAUAUUUUAUGGAUUAUGGGUUGCUCUACAUAUUCAUGCAGCAUUCACUUUGAAGAAUAAUUGGUAUAGAACUUUGAAUUUUCAUUGCGCACCACGGACUCAAGCUAUUGAUGCAAUUGUGUCAGUUUAUCAAAAUGGCCAUGAAGACAGAAUAUAUGAGUUCCACUGUGGGAGAGUUUUGAACAUUGGCAGAGGUGUCACCUGUCAUUGGUCAGGAUAUGUCAAUGAUUUUGAUCAAGCAGUCUACUACCAAUGUCCUGGAGCAAGCUAUAUCAACGGUAUAGCAAGUUCUAACCACACCGUACACAAUGAUAGACGUCAUAGUUUUCGAUGUUGUGGACAUAGAGGAUCACAUUACCACUACAAGAGGUGUUACUGGACGAAUUGGUUGAAAAACUAUGACCAAACUGUCGCUUUCUUUGUCCCUAGAGGAUUCGUAUUGAGAGGCGUGAACAAUUUUCGCAGUAAUCACAACAAGGGUCGACGCUUUCGGUUUGAAGUUUGUAAGCUGAAAUAAUCUGAAAUGCUGUAGGAGACGGCUUAAUUGAAGCAAUAAAAUGAAUCUGAAAUAAG